UCUGAUGCCAUGAUAUUCAUUGCUAUAUGUUGCAUCUUCACCUACAUACAGCCAUGCAAGUCUACUAUUGCUAAUGUCUCACUGAGUUUCAAUGUAUUACUGCUUGGAGGACUGUACUGCAUGAGACAUUUGUGGUUUACUGACUUUUUCACACCAACUGAAACACUGGAAGUAGCAAUGAUCCUCAUUCCUCUCGUGUCUCACAUCCUGGUGUUUGUGUGGGCUGGCUAUAAACUGACUUCCUACAUUAUGAGACGUUGUGGAUACCACUCCAACCCACGUGGCUGUAGAGUGGCACUAGUCAAUGCUGUGAACAUGUGUCUCCACAGAAGAAGACGUGGUGGCUACCAGGAGAUGGCCUGAACCGGUUUAUUAUAGUGUGUAUUAAGUACAAUGUAUGUGUUUGUGAACAUUUUCAAUACCAAUGUCAU